UUUUUUCUCUUCCAGAUUUUAAUAUGAAUUCGAGGCACGUAUUGUUUCAAGAAGAGCUUCAGCCUCAGUGAGAAAAAAGAAAAAAAAAAAAAAACGGAAGACGUCGUCGCGUUUCGCCUUCCUUGAGUUUUACUUUUCGAGUUUCAGCUUCGCCAUGUGGUUUGUGUUCGUCAUUUGCAUCCUCUUUUGUGAGAGAGUUCAUGGAGGUGACUACAUAGCCCCGAAGAACAAAGAGACAUGGAGCUAUGUGGAAGUGCGUCCUGGAGCUCACAUGUUCUGGUGGCUUUACUAUACCAAUGCCAAUGCCUCUUAUACACAACGACCUCUUAUCAUAUGGCUUCAAGGAGGACCUGGUGCUUCCUCCACUGGCUAUGGAAACUUUAUGGAGAUUGGGCCCAUCGAUGUGGGGUCCGAUCCGAGAAAAGUCAAUUGGGUGAAUGAGGCAAAUGUGCUGUUUGUGGACAAUCCUGUUGGUACAGGGUUCAGUUAUGUCCAGAACAAAUCUCUCUAUGCCAGAAACAACUCCAUGAUUGCCGAUGAUCUUGUGACACUCUUCUCGUCGUUUCUUAAAAAAGUCCCUGAGUUUCAGAAAGUUUCUACCUACAUAUUUGGGGAAUCAUAUGGAGGGAAGAUGGCAGUUGGUUUUGCAAAAGCUUUGAACAAGGCAGCAGUAGCUGGGAAGGUGAAAUGCAACCUCCAAGGUGUUGCUCUUGGUGAUUCUUGGAUCUCUCCAGUGGAAUCUAUGCUGUCAUGGCCACCAUUCCUUUAUGCGACGUCCUUCCUUGAUGAAGAGGGAUACCAGAAGGUGCAAAAGUUGGCAGAUGCAACUGCAGAUGAAGUGAAAAAGGGGAAUGGGAAGGCAGCAACUGAACUUUGGAUGAAAACUGAGUCACUGGUGGAAAACCUCACACAUGGUGUUGAUUGGUACAACAUUCUUCAUUUGGAUGCUGAUGUUCAAAGUCUGAAUGCAGUCACCGUGGAGAAAAAGCCUCGUAGGGGAAUUCUCAGCUAUGAUCGACAUGUAGGCCUUCUCCAGGGGGGGAACCUGAAGGAUCUGAUGAAUGGCGUCAUUCGGCGUAAGUUACGUAUCAUCCCUGAGAAUGUUACUUGGGGAGGACAGAGUGAUGAGGUGUUUGCUGCUCUUGAAGCUGAUUUCAUGGAACCAGUUACCGAUGAUGUUGAAUUUCUGUUGAACAGGACUAACUUGUCUGUCAUCGUGUACAAUGGUCAAUUGGAUCUAAUUGUUGCGACUCAGGGAACAGAGAACUGGGUGAUGAAACUGCUGUGGCCUGGGGUGAAGGGAUGGAGAAGCACAGAGCGAGUGGCUAUCCCUUUGCCUCAUAUCAAGACUGCAGCUUUUUACAAGCAGUACAAAAACCUUUGUUUUUACUGGAUCCUGCAGGCAGGCCAUAUGGUGCCUGCAGAUGCACCUGAAGCAAUGCUGGAGGCCAUGAAGCAUGCUACUAACAUUCAUGGAUGAAACCAAGCACUUUGUCUGUGAUUCAGAAACUCAAUUGUGAUGAUGAUGAUGAACCAAUGUUGUUUCAUGUGUUCCAUUUUGCACUGGUCAUUUUUUCAUUAUUGUUGCAUUCCUUUAUCAAUUCUUCAACUCUGUUUUGAAUAAAGUAUGCUUAGUGAAUUCAUA